AUGGUAGUGGUGAUGGUGAGAGAGUACGAGGCCGAGAGAGAUAGGUUGACUGUGGCGGAGCUGGAGAGCCGCUGUGAGGUGGGCCCCACCGGCAAACUCUCUCUUCACACCGACCUUCUUGGGGACCCACUUUGCCGGGUUCGCCAUUCCCCUGCUUAUCUGAUGCUGGUGGCGGAAAUGGUGGGCGGAGAAGAUAAAGAGAAGAAGAGAGAGAUAGUGGGAAUGAUAAGGGGCUGCAUUAAAACGGUUACGUGCGGGAAAAAGCUCUCAAAUAUUAAUGCAAAACUUUCUAAUAAUAAUAAUGAUAUUAAUAAUCAUAAUUGUUUAUUAACAACAAUACCGGCACCUGAUGAGCCACUUCCCCUCUUCACCAAACUUGCCUACAUUUUAGGUCUCCGUGUUUCGCCUUCUCAUCGGAGAAUUGGAAUUGGAUUGAAAUUGGUGACCAAAAUGGAAGAAUGGUUCGCAGAAAACGGCGCUGAAUACUGUUACAUGGCAACCGAAAACGACAAUCGACCUUCGAUCAACCUCUUCACCAAAAAAUGCGGCUACUCCAAAUUCCGCACCCCCCGAAUAUUAGUCCACCCAGUAUUCGCCCACAAAGUCCGCAUUUCUAAUCGGGCCUCCAUUCUGCAGCUCGGCCUAAUUGAUGCAGAGGCCCUCUACCGCAAUCAAUUCUCCACAGUCGAGUUCUUCCCAUAUGACAUUAACACCGUCCUUUCAAAUCCACUCAGCCUCGGCACUUUCCUUGCCGUCCCAAGUGGGUCCCGAGCUUCUUUCCGGUGGCCGGGAACCGCCGGCUUCCUGGCGGCGCCGCCCGAGUCUUGGGCGGUGCUUAGCGUGUGGAAUUGUAAAGACGCGUUCACACUGGAAGUCCGGGGAGCGUCGCGAGUGAAAAAGGCGCUUGCGCGGGCCACGAGGGUUGUGGACCGGGCUUUCCCGUGGCUGGGCCUCCCAUCCGUGCCGGAGGUGUUCAGGCCUUUUGGGCUGCACUUUUUAUAUGGGCUUGGGGGCGAAGGCCCAGAUGCGGUGGGUUAUGUGAGGGCGCUUUGUGGAGUGGCCCACAACCUCGCGAGGGAGCGUGGGUGUGGAGUGGUGGUUACGGAGGUGGGGAGCCGGGAGCCGCUCAGGAUAGGGAUUCCGUACUGGAAGAGACUAUCGUGCGCGGAGGAUCUUUGGUGCAUCAAGCGGCUGGGGGAGGAGGACAGUGACGUGUCGGUGGGUGACUGGACCAAGUCAUCACCUGGUCUUUCCAUAUUUGUUGACCCGAGAGAUGUCUGA